AGAGAGAGAGAGCGUACGUACUUUUUUUAAUUUGGUUUUAAUUCUUUGCAGUUUCGUUAAUUUUUGAGGGGAAAAAAAGUGACUGAAUUGAUGCUAGCUGUGUCACCUUUGAGGAACACAACUAACGAUGAGAACAAAGGAGAGAUGGAGAGUUUCACUAUUAGCUCGGAAGAGUUCCCUGACUUCGCUGAUGGGAAUUUACUUGAGAGUAUUGAUUUUGACGAUCUUUUUGUUAGCAUCAACGAGGGUGAUAUGUUGCCCGACUUGGAGAUGGACCCAGAAAUUAUCGCUGAAUUACCCACCAAUGGAAGUGAGGAAUCAGAGAUGAACACCUCAAUAGAUAAAACUGAUGAGGAUAAUAAUCAAAGGAAAGAGGAGGAAGAUAAGGUUUCGGGUUCAGGUUCAGGGUUAGGCUCGAGCUCAAGCAAAGGCGAGGAGAUUGUUAGCAAAAGAGAGGAACCUACAGCAGUUAAAACACCUACCAAAGAUGCUGAUAAGGGAAGAAAAUCAUCACUACAAGCAAAGAAUAACAAUCAAGGGAAGCGAAAAGUGAAGGUGGAUUGGACGCCAGAGCUGCACAGGAGGUUCGUGCAAGCAGUGGAGCAGCUCGGGGUGGAUAAGGCGGUGCCUUCUAGAAUAUUAGAGCUUAUGGGAAUCGAUUGUCUCACUCGCCAUAACAUUGCCAGCCACCUUCAAAAAUAUAGAUCUCAUCGGAAGCAUUUGCUAGCUCGUGAGGCGGAAGCGGCAAGCUGGACUCACAGGAGGCAAAUGUACGGGGCUGCCACCCCGGCUGGAGGAGGCAAGAGAGACAUGAAUCCUUGGCUUGCACCUACAAUGGGUUUUCCGCCUAUGUCACCCAUGCACCACCACCACCACCACCACUUUAGACCUUUGCAUGUAUGGGGUCAUCCCACUGUGGAUCAAUCCCUAAUGCACUUAUGGCCUAAACAUCUAGCUCAUACACCAUCCCCGUCCCCGCCGCCACCGCCUACUUGGGGCCCUCAUCCUCCACCAGCAGACCCCUCGUAUUGGCACCAUCACGACCAACGUGCACCAAAUGGACUAACCCCAGGAACACCUUGCUUUCCACAGCCGCUGGCACCAACGAGAUUCGCCGCACCACCGGUCCCUGGCAUUCCUCCCCAUCACGCCAUGUACAAAGCAGACCCCGGCAUUGGCGUCCCGGCCGGACAAUCAGGCCCCCACCCGCUCAUUGACUUCCACCCGUCGAAAGAGAGCAUAGAUGCAGCUAUAGAAGACGUUUUAUCAAAACCAUGGCUGCCACUUCCUCUUGGACUGAAGCCGCCAUCUACCGAUAGUGUUUUGGGAGAGUUGCAACGCCACGGAGUCCCCAAAGUACCACCCUCUUGUGCUUGAUCUCCGAUCCUUACUAGAAACAUCCCUCCGAAGGCGCGGCUGUCUCUAAUGGUGAUUUCAAGACUGUGGAAAUCCCUUAAUUCGACGAUAUUACCCAUGUUAGGAAUCUAAUGGUUCAUGUAGAAAUCUAAUCUUCUAAGAUUUUUUCUCUCCUUUUUUUUUAAUUUUAUUAUCAAUCUUUAGUAGAACUUGGUUGUUCUUGUUCCCUUGCAAGGACAGCUUUAUUUAUUACUCUUGCCGAUCCAUGUCUGAUAAUAAAGCCAAUUUUGUAAUGGUUUUAUGAAUGAGAUUAUAAUAAGCAACUUAUUAUCAAGAGACCUCAA